AUGAUAACACUCAAACAUAUUGAGACAACAUUCGAAAGAUUUGGUUAUUUAAAAAAUUAACUACUUACUGGGAAUGAAAUUUAAUAGAAAAUGGAUCAGAUGAUUGGAACCAAAGAUAUGGAUAGGGAUGUACUUAAUUAGAUUUUAGCAUAAUGUCAUAAAACGAUUAAUUAAAAUUAUGAACAAACAUAUCGCAUGCAAGAUUUAGCAUAAACUAUACAUAGUGCAAUUAUAAUACUAGGCAAUAAAUUAGAGAAAAUAAAGUCAGAUAUUCAUACAUUUAGAGAAAAAUAGAAAAAGCAUUAAUCCUAAAUGUCAGCAACAUGUAAGAAUUUUCUAAAUAAUUAAGCCAAUAGUUCAGAGUUCAAACAUAUCUAUCUAAUGAUUAAUAGUGCAAAUAAUAUCUCUAAAAAGAUUUCAUACACUGAUUGUUAUCUUCAAGUUGCUUUAGGUUCUUAGUCUCAGAGGUUAAAACCUAUAGAACACUUUGAUAAAGUCAACCCUGAGUUCAAUAGAGAAAUUGAAUUGUAAGGAUAUAUUAAUAAUUAUCAAUUUAGUUCUAUUCCUAAUAACAUCUACAUUUUAACUAUUUAAUUAUACACCAAAUAGAAUGACUCUCCCCUUCCAACUUUAAUGGGAUAAGCAUAAAUUUCAUUGAGUACUUUAGAGGAGUAGCUUAAAAAUUUAAAGUUAUAAUUGAAAGAUCCCUUAGGAAAAGAAGUUGGAUGUUUUAUAGAUAUGCAAGUUUAACUCAUUCUCAAUAGAGUAAUAUUUUGAUAUCCUAAAAUUAGUAUGAAUAUCUCCAAAAUUAAGUUGGAUAAUCAGGUGAUAAAAUAGAUUAACUAACAGAAUUGAACAAGCAAGUAGCUUACUAAUAUGACUUACUAACUAGGCCGUUUAGACAUAGAGAAGAGGACAGAGUAAAUAAUGAGAAUGGUUAAACUUCAAUCUAAUAAGAAAGCAGUUUUCUAUAAUAAAAGAAACCAGAAGAAGUGGCUGCAGAUCCUUUAUAAACAUCAAAAAUAGAGAUAAAUAAAACAGAUUAAAAUUCUUUACCAGAAGAUGAAUACCCAUAAGCACCUUAUGAUUUAGAUUUAGGAAUGACUAUCUUUUCUUUUUAUGGCUUGAUUACUCUAUUUGUAUGCUCUGCUAAGCCAUCAUUUUUAGAUGUGCUAGUAUGUCAUGGAUUGAUGUUUACUGUUUUUCUUGAUAGAUUUGAACCUGAACAUGUAAAACUUGUAGGUCUAGGAUUAAUGGCAUCUAUAAUCUAUGAUAUUCUAUGGUUAUCAUAAUAUCAUUCAUGGUGGGAUAGUAAUGAUUAGAAUAAUCCUGAAUGGGGAGAAAAAGCUGCAAUAUUAUUAAAAAUAAUACUGGUACUGACAUACAUCUAAUUCUUUUAUAAAGUAAGAAUUAAGGUUAUGAUAGUUUCUUGUAUUUUAUUAUUUAUAUUAAUUUUACAAAGAGUCACUCGAUCCAGUUAAAUCAUAUAUUUUUAAAAUCUGGAAUAUCGAAUAUAAAGUAGGAAAGAAUAGACAAUAUGUUUUCUGGUAAUGA